AUGGCUGGUUCCCGAAAAUCUCAACUGAAAAUCGAACCGAGCAAUGAACUGGACUUUUUUGGUCCAUUCACUACCGUGCAGCCUUCCAUAAUUAAUUUAACAAACCCCACCGAUAAUCGAAUUACUUUUAAAGUUAAAACAACAGUGCCAAAACGGUACUGCGUUCGUCCUAGCUGUGGUAUAGUUGAGCCUUCAGAGACCGUGAAUGUCGCGGUUAUGUUGCAGCCGUUUGACUGCGAUGGAGCUGAGAAAAACAAACAUAAAUUUAUGAUUCAAUCAAUGGUUCUCGAAGAUGAAAAUACAGAAAAUCUAGAGCAGAUUUGGAAAGAGGCCAACCCGUCGCAGAUCAGUGAUACGCGCCUUAAGUGCACCCUAAGGCUUCCUGAUGACUUACUGAAAUGUGAACCUGAAGAGCUUGUAUUCGAAGGUCCUGCAAGUGAAUCCUCCACCUGCGUUUUGUCCGUAAGGAACACAUCGCCUAAGGACGUAGUCUUCAAAGUUAAGACCAAUGCGCCUAAGCGAUACGUAGUUACUCCAAACGAGGGCAUUAUCAAGGCACAUGAAACUCAAAUGAUCAAAGUGGCAACCGUCGCCGGUGUUGACUCUGCUGGUGAAUCACGAGAUAGGAUUGCCCUGUUAUCCGUACUAGCUCCGGAUGACCUUCCUGCCUCAAUCAGCGACAUCUGGCACACGGUGGACAAGGCUAAAAUUUCGGAGAAGUUCCUUGCGUGCAACUUCCCCAAUCAAGAACAGGUUUGUCCCUCGGGGAUCGCACCUAACCAAUCGAACAAGCUUGCCCAGCUUACCCAGGAAAUAGAGAAGCUUCGUAAGGAAAAUGAGGAACUCAAACACCAUCAAGCCGUUAUGAACAGACUUGGUCGUGAAACAUCUGCCCCAGCACCUGUUCCAGCGGCAUCGGGUCCCAUGGAUGCUUUCCGGAUGAACAUCCCGCCGAUUCUCUACCUUCUCGUAACCUUCUUGUUUGCUCUCGCUGUGGGGAAAUUUAUCCUCUAA